AUUUACUUAUUUUGUUUUGUUUUGUUUUGUCCUCUCUCUCCAGGGCACGGCGUCCAUGUCCAAGUCCGAAUCGCAUCCACUCGAUAGGAUAUGUCGACCCAAAGCACAAACAGUACUCGGAUGUUCACUUCACAAACAGCGAAAGUACAGAUUAUUCCGUUCCCUUUGCAUUGUUUGUGCGUUUCUAGGCGAAAGUGCAGAUCAGUCUACGUGAAGCUUGUUACAAUGAAGACGAGAUGCAUACGUGGGUUGUUUGUGAUCCUCUUUCUGGUGUCGGCGUUUGUUUCUGCUGAUGCUCGAUCGCACUAUCACUACAGUUUGCGGAGCCAAAGCUCCGAUGAAUCGUCGGACCCGCUUGCUGCGUCGAAGUUGAAUGUUUAUGCGACGCAGCAAUUCCCUGGAUAAUUGACGAGACCCCAUUUUCCUGAAGGAUUUAUCUUCGGACCAGCAGGGUCUGCAUAUCAGGCACCAUGCGUUUGCAUAUCUAGAUUUGUUUUAUAUGUAGUUUUAGGGCUUUGUGAUCGAAUGUUUUUCAAUGUGGAUAUUUCUGGUUCAGAUUGGUGUGCAUGUUUUAAUUAAUAUUAGUGUUUUAAAAAAUUAAAGAACUACUUGAAAAGGAGGAAAUUGUGACAUCCUUUUAUACAAUUGUUUAGGUGGAAUUAAUAUAUUUUUAGUAAUAUAAUGACAAUAUAGAAGUA